AUGGGAGGAGCACCCUUAAGAUCUAAGGGGUGUAAUACUUGCAGAAAACGAAAAGUGAAACGGCCCGAGUGCGCCCGGUGUCUCAAAGGAAGUUACCGCUGCGAGGGAUACGAAAGAGAUCGCAAGUUUAUUAAUGCUUUUGCGGAAUCGGAACCAGACAAAAGCUCAAAGAAAAAGAAUAUCAUUGUGCCCCAAAAGAAAGCUGAGGAUGUGCAUCUAACUGUCAUCAAUGUCAACUCUCAGAUCCGGUCUCAGCUUUUCUCCCUGUUCAUUGACUCUUACAUUCCCUCUCCGCCCGUGGGGCACAUCAACCUGAGAUGUCAGCAAGUGACUAAUGUGAUUGAGGAUUUUCCAUCUCUGAUGGAUAGCAAAAAUAGCCAGCUUUUUGAUCGAGCAAUAUCUGCACUUGCCUCAACUUUUGUGGGCAAGAAGUUCAAUGAUACUCGGUUAAUAUGUCAUGGAGUCAUGCUUUAUAACCACGCGAUCCGGGCUUUUGCAGCUCUUAUCCCGCAGUCUAAGCUUCCAGUUCAGGAGGUUCUCUGUGCGAAUAUUGUGUUUCAGUUAUAUGAGGUGAUCAAUUGUACUUACGGAUUUGCUGGAUGGAUGGCACAUAUGCAAGGCGCAAAUGCCGUUCUUGCUCGACAUGAGAAAUCUUUGAAGAGGAAUCAAUUAUCCACAAUGGUGCUUCGACAGUUGAAGCUAUCAAAUAUCUUCCAUGCCAUUGGGAAAUCACAGUCUGCACUUGCUUCCUUUCCCAUGUGGAGAUAUCUUUCACCACCAAAGCCAGACGACCCGUUGGAUGAAAUCAUUGACAUCCUCAUGGAAUGCACGAUUCUCAUUGAGGAAGCGGGCUGCGUGCGAUGCGAGCAAGACGCCGCCAAUGUGAUACAGUCCGCCUACAAUCUGAAAUACCAUGCGCAGUCAUGGCACAAUCGACUCAUGGCAACUUCGGAAGACCCCCUCUAUACCCUUGUUCCUGAUGAGUCCCAGGCUGUCCGCUUAAAGACAAAGAGCAGCGUCUUUCCUGAGAAAUGCGAGUUCAUAUCUAUUGACAUGGCAGAGGCCUUCAUGCUAUAUUGGGCGGCGAUGCUGGUCAUCUGCUCUAUUUUCUAUGAAUUCGAUCUGCAAAAUGCCAGUGAAGGAAACAGUCAGCUCGACCCUGAUACAAAUAAGAAGAAUCAUGACAUGGAGAUUACCAGUAUAGCUGGCCAAGAUGCCCUGUUUUUUGCGGAUCAGAUCUGUCGAGGCGUGGGAUACUUCGUGCAACCACACAUGCACAUCCUUGGAGGACAUAACCUACUCUUCCCUCUGCCAAUGUCUUCGCAAUUCUUUCAUAGACAUGGCUUUUAUGAUCGCUAUGAGUGGUGUCAGGAUGUCUUCGUUACUCUGGAAUCCAUGGGCUUGGGGCUCGCCAAUGUCUUACAAGGGACUCCGUGGCUAACCUACAAAGCUGGUGAAAAUCAGCCUUGA